AUGGCAUUUGAGAGACUGCGGGCUCUUGAAAGCUAUCUCGAUGAGUGCAAGAGUUUGUCGAACUUCAAUGAGAUCCUCGAGAAGCAGUGCGCGCAGGUUGUUAGAGAAGUCAAUGAACUCUCAAAACUGGAGAUGGGUGAAGCUGCUCCGCUCUUGGCCAUGGUCCAGCAAAACAAAUUGUGGACCAAGGAGAUGCAGGAUACCAUUUGCCAAGCCUUGACAGAUAAAGUCGAGCAGUCAUUGGGUCGCAAUGUGCUGAGCGCCAGGUCCAACUUGCAGGACUUUGUGCACUGCCCUUUGUAUCUGACUGAGGCCGACUGGGCAGUAGUCCUUGGAGAUGGCAACGUAGCAGAGAAGAACCAAUGCCUCAUGGAACGCCUGUACAAACUUGGUCUUCGAAAUCCUACCGAGGACACGUACGCUAUGCUGACGACUCUGCUGCUUUUGAAAGAGCCGCACCGAUUCAAUGACUUUGUUCAACUACGAUCAUCGUAUUUGGCAGUGAAAAACCUUGUGAAGAGUUUCUUGAAGAACCAAGGCAAGAGUGCGCAGGGUGCCACGCAGAACUUACCAAAUCGUUUGCCUCCGACUGUGUCCGCCUACUUGCAGGAGGAGGUCAAGAAUGAUGUGUAUGGGCCUGGAGGUGGCCCAGCCCCAUUGCCAAAUGGAGUGAGCAUGCUCAACCUCACACAGUUGAUGCAAACUGUUCCAGAAAGAUCGACGAGAAGUACAAUUUCGACUUUGGUGCCAAAGUCGCAACCGCAUCCAGCCGUGGAAAGUAUGAUGCACGCCAUGAACAACAUGUGGUUCCAAUCUAUGCAAUCCAUGCAUUCAAUGUCGCCGUUUGGAUUUGGUCAGGCCAGUCAGCAGGGGCCCCAUUUGUCUAUUGCGCCAGCCAGGCAACAAUUGGCCUUGCCUGCCCCAGGUGUCACGGUACCUCAAGCGGCUUUGGCUGCCCCAGCGGUCACUGCGCCUCAAGCCAAGGCGGCAGGAGUUGAGAAUCAGAUUUCACAGAUUGAAGUCGUGACGCCGCAGCCUUCAAUGCAAGCGCCAGCAGCUUCUUCUGUGAAAGCUCCCCUUGCGAUCGAAAAUGGACCAUCAGUCCCUGAGACAGGGGCGCAAGAGAAGACCAAGGAGGCUUCGGCUUUGUCGGUCAAUGAGAGGUUGGAAGAAGCUUUGCAAACAAGAGACAUGGAAAAGAAAGAAAAGAUGGAUCAACAGGUGGAAGAGAAGAUGGAUGCUCAGGAGAAGGUUUCAAGUCAGCCAAAAGAUCAGGAGGCACCGUUGCUGAAGAAACCGGCUGCGGCGAAGCCGAAGGCGAAGGCCAAAGCGCCACCGAUAAAGACUCCAGUGUUGAAGCGGCCUGCUUCUUCUUCACCUGCUUCAGUCUCUUAUGGCUCAGCUGAUGAUGUCGUGGACCCUCGGCGCACACUGCAAGAGCUUCGGGCUGUGCAGGACGAUGAGACAGAGCCGUCCAGUGAGUGUGAUGAGGAGCUGGAAUUGGAGUUUUAUGGUCGUGAAGAAAAAACGAAAUCAGGGCGCGAGAACUUUUUCGACGUCUGGAUACCCAAAGGCUUCAAGAAGAAGAUGGAUCUUACCAGGGCUUCGAUGACACAGGGUUUGGUCUUGGGGGGCAAUCUCACCAUGUACCUUCUCAACCUGUUCAUCAUCCUGCGCGCUGUGGAGGCACAUGUUGCAUCUGUGGCAUUGCGUGCGUGCGUUUGGAGCCUGGACACAAGCAUUGCCAGCGCAAGCGACAUUUGCAUUGAGCAGAUUGAACACUACAAGAAGGUCUGGGUGACCAUGAAGCUCGAGGGAUACUUUGAUGAGAAGGUACCUCUAGAGCCAGUUGAUCCCAACAUGCCAGCCACACAGCUCUAUGAGGAUGGCACCAGUGGCCCUGUUGGCCCAGCCAGAGAGGACAUGGCCCCGGCCAGUGGCCCUGAGACCAAGGCCCCGGAGACUGAGGAGGUGCCUCAGGUGAAUCCUGGCAUUGGCCCCUUCGUGGAGACUCAGGUUGUCCCGCAGGACGGCGACGGAGAUCAGGACUUUGACAUUGCUCUUGUCACCUGCAAGAAGUGCAAUCUUCCAUUGAAGCUGGAAGAAGCCAUCAUCAGGGGACCACGAGAACUCUGGUGUCGCGAAUGUAAUUCCAUAUACACCAUGUUGCGAAGGCAUCAGGCUUGGCCGCCGGCAGCCUUUGCCCAGUUGUCCGACUCUGACCAGCAAUGCUUUUUUGCUCGAUGCAAACAGCAAAAGGAUGAGUCUGCAAGGUCACAGUUCUCUUACAGCAGGAUCCGAGAUGUCCUGGUCUCCAGCCUGAUGUCGGAGCAGAGGAAGCAAAAAACAUUGGCAGUGGGCGGUACAUACCUCCCACUGUCAGUGUACAAACAGCGGGGGUACAUUAUCGACGAGGCCUUUACUGAAAGGAACCCAUGCCAGUGGAGUCACGGACUCAAUUGCUAUACCUAUUUACUUGCCGAGACAUCGAUCUCUGAGGCUGAGAUCCAUGCUACCGUUGAGCAGCAGGUCGUUACCGCGGAGAGAAUGGUCAAGAAGCGCAAAGCAGUACGUGCUUCUGACAAGAACGAGGUGGAGGACGAUGCCAGGAGCACGAAGCCCAUGGUGCUUGACCUUGUUUCUGACGACGAGGAUGAAGGUGAGAAAAAUGGUCCCAGUUCUGGUCCAGCUCAUCCUCGGCCAGAGUCAGAGGCUCAGGAGGUUGAGGAGAAGCAGCUCACCGCGAAGCAGCUCCAGGCCAAGCUGAAGCGUGAGGCUGCCAAGGUCACAAAGCUCGCAGCUGCUGAGGAGCGAAGGAAAGAAGCCCAGAGGAAGAAAGAUGCCAAGGCCUUGACGAAGAAGGUGGUUGCUAUGUCAUCAAAGCUUUCUGCUCCUCUAGCAGCGGCGGUGCACAAGGCCAAUGAGGUUGUGGCAAAGGCUGAGUCGGCUGGUGUGGGUGACGCUCCGGAGACACAGGCGUCCAAGAGCCAGCUGCAAAUCGUUGACGACUACAAGAAGAAGACUGCCUCCUCCUUGGCUUACUACAGCAAGAAUCCGACCUGUGAACUCAGCGCCUUGCCUUUCGACAAUGAGAAAACUUGUCAGCAGGCAAUGAAGGAUUUGGCAAAGGCAGGCAGUGACUUGAAGGCAAUGGUCAUCAAUCCAGCUGCCGCCGCUGGCAAGUCCUAG